AUGUACGGAAAGUGGGCAGUGGUGAAUAUUUUCAUGGUGUCUUGUGUGCAGCUGGUGCAAGGCUUCAGUAAUCAACAUGAACCAGUGAAGGAGUUCUCAUUCAAAUUACAAUCCUCUCUGUCAGUGUUAGAGCAGUCUGAGCAGCAGAUGAGAGCCGCUUCUAGUUUGGAAGAACUGCUUCAAAUCACCCACUCUGAGGACUGGAAGCUGUGGCGAUGCCGGCUGAAGCUGAAAAGUUUUAGUAAUAUGGACUCCCGCUCAGCAUCCCAUCGGUCCACCAGAUUUGCAGCAUCUUUCUAUGACAUCGAAACACUCAAAGUUAUAGAUGAAGAGUGGCAAAGAACCCAGUGCAGCCCUAGAGAGACAUGCGUGGAAGUUGCCAGCGAGCUGGGGAAGAGUACCAACACAUUCUUCAAGCCCCCAUGUGUCCUUGUGUUCCGGUGUGGCGGCUGCUGUAAUGAAGAGAGCGUCAUGUGUAUGAACACGAGCACUUCCUAUGUUUCCAAACAGCUCUUUGAGAUAUCAGUGCCUUUGACCUCAGUACCUGAGUUAGUGCCUGUGAAGGUAGCUAACCACACAGGUUGUAAGUGCUUGCCAACGGCCCCUCCCCAUCCAUACUCAAUUAUCAGAAGAUCCAUCCAGAUUCCGGAAGAAGAUCGAUGCCCCCAUUCCAAGAAACUCUGUCCUAUUGAUAUGCUAUGGGACAGUACCAACUGUAAAUGUGUUGCACAGGACGGGAAUCCACUUGCCGGAACAGAAGACUACACUCAUCCCCAAGAACCGGCUUUCUGUGGGCCACACAUGAAGUUGGACGAAGAUCGUUGUGAGUGUGUCUGUAAAACCCCAUGUCCCAGGGAUCUUAUUCAGCACCCAGAAAACUGCAGUUGCUUUGAAUGCAAAGAAAGUCUGGAGAGUUGUUGCCAGAAGCACAAGAUUUUCCACCCAGACACCUGCAGCUGUGAGGGCCAAUGA